AUGCAGUGCGACAACCAGCAAAUUAACAGUGUCACCAGUGGCCAGGACCACCCAGUGAAGCAGGUGCGGUUGGGCAGCUCUGAGCCCAGCGAUGCCACCACACAACCCAGUCAGGAAAACCUGGGACCGCAGCUCAAACUGCUCCCUCUCAACGACCAGAUCCGAGAACUACAGACCAUCAUCAGAGACAAGACAACCAGCCGAGGAGAUUUCAUUUUUUGUGCCGACCGUCUGAUCAGACUAGUAGUUGAAGAGGGCUUGAAUCAGCUCCCCUACUCAGAGUGUACUGUGACUACACCAACAGGGUACAAGUAUGAAGGUGUCAAUUUUGAAAGAGGCAACUGUGGAGUCAGCAUAAUGAGGAGUGGCGAGGCCAUGGAACAGGGUCUCCGGGACUGCUGCCGCUCCAUUCGCAUCGGCAAGAUCCUCAUCCAGAGCGAUGAAGAGACACAGAAAGCCAAGGUCUACUAUGCCAAGUUCCCCCCAGAUGUGUACAGAAGAAAGGUGCUGCUCAUGUAUCCCAUCCUCAGUACAGGGAACACAGUGAUUGAAGCAGUGAAGGUGUUGAUAGAGCACGGAGUUCAGCCCAGACACAUUAUCCUCCUCAGCCUCUUCUCCACACCUCAUGGAGCCAAAUCUAUAAUCCAGGAGUUCCCAGACAUCACCAUUCUGACCACAGAGGUUCAUCAAGUGGCUCCAACACAUUUUGGACAGAGGUACUUUGGCACCGACUAAACUGAGGAAGACCUGAGGAACAUGAUGU